GCACAAACUCUCCAUAAUUACUUCACCAAGCAAAGAAAAUGGCCCCCACCACCGCUUAUGAUCGUCUAGCAGAGCAGAAAUGGUUCGAGGAAACCAAGGCCGGAGUGAAAGGCCUGGCGGACGCCGGAAUCACAGAGCUGCCACGAAUCUUCCACGCGCCGCCGGAUUCCCUCAACGGCGCCAAACCCUCUGCUUCACCCGCCGAUCCCGAUUUCACCGUCCCCGUAAUCGACCUGGAAUUUGCGAGAGUACUCCAACAAGACCCCGAGAAACGGAAACAGAUCGUCGCAGAGAUCAGAGACGCAACGGAAACAUGGGGGUUCUUUCAAAUAGUCAACCACGGAGUCCCCGCGAACACCAUUGCCGAGAUGAAAGCCGGAGUCCACAGGUUCUUCGACCAGGACGUGGGAUUGAAGAAGGAAUUCUUCGGCCGCGACAUUACCCAAAAAGUCGUAUACACCAGCAACUUCGAUCUCUACACCGCCGCUGCUGCGGACUGGAGGAAUUCCAUCGUCUACCGCAUGGCGCCGGAUCCCCCGGCCCCAGAGCUGCUGCCGGCCUGCUGCAGGGGAAUCGUGAUGGAUUACUCGGCCGAAAUGCUGAAAUUGGGGGACUUGCUUUUCGGGCUGUUCUCUGAGGCUCUGGGCCUGGAUCCGGCCCACUUGAAGGAGAUGGGCUGCUCGGAGGGAUUGGGGAUCGCGAGCCAUUACUAUCCGGCCUGUCCCCAGCCGGACCUCACCUUGGGGAUUGCCCGCCAUUCGGAUCUCGGUUUCGUCACGGUUCUUUUGCAGGAUCACGUCGGGGGUCUUCAGGUUUUUCGUCGGGAUCGUUGGGUCGAUGUCCCUCCGACGCCGGGGGCUCUGGUUGUCAAUGUCGGCGAUAUGUUUCAGCUAAUCUCCAACGAUAAAUUUAAAAGCGUGGAACACAGGGCACUAGUCAGAAGCGUUGGACCAAGAGUAUCAGUUGCUGCAUUCUUUGGUAAUGAGGGACUAUCGACUUCGAGAAUAUAUGAACCCAUAAAAGAGUUGUUAUCGGAAGAUGAUCCUCCGAAAUAUCACGGCAUCACAGUUCGUGAUUUCUUUUUCCGAUCCUUUCAGAAGGGCAUUGAUAGUAGCUCGAUUAUGUCUCGGCUUAAGCGCUGAAAAUGGUGCCAUUGAACACAUUUUGGGAGUGUGUUGCCGCACAU